CACAUUCAUAAUCAUUGCUUAUUUCAGAAAACGUCUACAUACAACUGAUCAACAGGAGGCAUAUCUUCUCUUCUACUAGCAGAAACUUUAUUCAAGAUGUCUGCUAGCAAGCCAUUACAAUUCUUUGACAAAAACAACCUUCAGUGUGCAAUCUGUUUUGAGAAGAUCAAAGAGCCAAGGACACUUACAUGCCAACAUAGCUAUUGUCUUAAAUGUUUAGACCAACUAAUUCAAACUGAUGGCCAUUUAAAAUGUCCACAAUGUCGUCAAGAGGACCAAGAUAUAGGAAGAGUGGAUCUAAUAUCACUAGGUUGUAAUAAAAUGAUUAGUUAUCUACUUGAAAAUAUGGAAAAAGUAGAGUCAGAAAAACCAACUACAUGUUCAAGCUGUGAUAAUCUACCAGAAUUCCACUGUUCUGAAUGCUUUCUAUACUUAUGUGAACAUUGCACUGAACGUCACAAGAUUACACCGGAUUUGAAAGACCACCAAUUUUACACAUUAGAAAAAGAUGGUAGACCAAAUUCUGUACAAGAAUUUUACUGUUCCACUUGCAAGAAAUCAUAUUCCACUUGCAAGAAAUGUGAACAUUAUCUUUGUUUACAAAAUAAACAUGAUGUGAUUGAAAUGAAGAUCGCUGUAGAAAAGUUUAAUCAAGAGGCUACUGAAGUUAUUAAAAUAGCUCAGGGCAUAAAGAGCAAAUUGCAAGGAACACUAGCUUUCAUUCCUAAUGAUAUAUCUGACUUCGAACAUCAUCUAAAGUUAUGCAGAACAGCUAUUGAAGUUAGGGAGCAGACGCUUAUCAGGAAAGUUCAAGAGAAAAGCAAAGAAUUCAUUUCAGACCUUGAAAGAAUAUACAAAGAAAAGAAAGAAGACAUUGACAGUAAGGUUCAAGACAUUAAUGAAACCCUGACCCAAGUUAAUAGUGUGAUGAACUCAAUCGAUGAUAUAAUGAAUAAACCACAAGAAACAGAAACUCUUGAAUCUCAUAAGGUGACUAUCAACCCUAUUAGUGACAAGGUAAUUGUUCUAGGAGCUGAUUUUGAUCAAUUAUUUAAUCAAAGAAAUAUUACACCACAUUUCACGCCAUCAGAAAACUUGGAUGAUUUGAUGAAUACAGAUGGUUUUGGUAAAAUCAUAUCUGUUGAUGGCAUGUACAGGGUAGCUAAAGAUGAUGAAGAAAUUACUGUCACAAAAGGACAACUGUUUGUAGUGAAAAUAUCAAGUCUAGCAGAAAAGGAUGCUGGUCAAUUAUCUGCCACUCUAAGGAGCUCAUUAGGAGAAGAAUCUGCCACUGAAGUAGUAUAUCAAGGAAAUGGAGAGUACAGAAUAAAAAGUAGAUGCAAUGUUGAAGGUGACUGGAAAAUGAAGAUCACUGCUGGAGCUGCACAUAUCAAAGGAUCACCAGUGAAUAUCAAGGUGGAAAAACUGGGACUUAUCUAUGAGAUUGGUAACAUAUCAGAAUACAAAGAACAUAACAAAGCAGGGAAAGUGACAGAUGUAGUGUUAGACACAGAUGGAUGCUUAUUAGUAUCAAGUUACAGUGAAGAUGUACUAAAGUUUGACCAAUCCGGUUCCUUUGUUGCUAGAAUACAGGCCAUGCCACAAGAUGCUGAGGUCAUCAAAAUGCAUCAACUGGGUGGUGGUCGCAUGGUGUACAGUGAUUACUUAAAGAAAUGUGUUGUAUUGUGUGAUGACAAAUAUCAAGAAAUUUGCUCAUUUGGAAAAGGAACAUUGAAAUAUCCAGAUGGCCUGACAGUAAACAAGCAAAGUAGAGUAUUGUAUGUAGCAGACCGUGAGGCUCACUGUGUGUUUAAAUUCAAUGUUCCUGAUGGUAAACUGUUAGGUAAGAUAGGUUCCAAAGGUAGUGAAGUAGGUCAAAUGAAUAAACCCUAUGAUGUCACUUUAACCAAGGAAGGUUAUGUCAUUGUUGCAGAUUUUGAAAAUAACAGAAUACAAAUGUUUGGUACAAAUGACAAGUUAAUGAAAGUCCUUGUAGGAUGUAGUAAAGAAGAUGGUAAAGUUUGGCAUCCUUGUGGUGUAACCAUGGACAUGGAUGAAAAUAUAUUAAUAUCAAGUAAUCAUAAACUACAGUUAUUUGAUAAAAAUGGUGUCUUCAUAAAGCGAAUAGAUCAUGAAAAUGAGGAAUUAGCUACACCCGCAGGAAUCUCAGUAAUUUCCUCUAGACCUAGAAGGGUAGCCGUAGCUAACUACUCAGAAAACAAUGUUAAAAUUUUUAAUUACUGAUGUUGAUUUAAAAGCAUCGCUUAAUAAUACUAGUAUUUGCAGCAAUUAUAAUCAAAACCAAUUAUUAGAAAAGUGCUGCCUUCUAAGAAAUUCAAUUGAUUAUUAAUAGAAUAAAUAAUUAUUAAUAAUGAUACUUUUAACUAAUAAAUUUUGAAAUACUUUAUUUUAUAUAGAAAAAUCAUAAAUUGCAAUUCCAAUUAUAUCCUAUAGAUAAAACUUUUUACAUAUAAUGUAAACAGACCAUUAAACCUAGUGCCCUCUGUGGACUAAAAGUAUGAUACUUGACCUAAUAGUAAGAGGUUGCAUGAUAAAAUCAUGCCAGAGACACAUUUUUCAUAAAAAUACAAUAAGGAAUUUUUUUCACUGAAGGGCUGUGCUUGAUACGAUUAUAACAUCAUGUUCUUAGUUAUUAUGUAUUUGUUUAUAGUGUUUACAGUGCUAAACAGCAAUCCUAUAAUUUGAAAACUGUAUAUAUAAAUAUAUAGAUAGUGAUGUACAGUAUAGUUCUGCAUAGACCGCAGAAGUGUCCCAAGCUCGAAUUCCAGCCGAGGAACCUAUUUUUUCACACACAAAUAGACUGUAAUUCAUUUUUCUUUACUUUGGAUCUGAAGAUUUAAUGUUGAGCGACGGUGGCUAAACCAGAGCAAGUAUUGUCAUGUAUUUUGUACCAAAUCAUUUCAUUUAUAUUAUUUAUAUUUAAAUAAUAAACAUUUAGUUAGUGUAAAUUUGUAAAA